AGUCACAUCUGUUGUCUUUAGUUUAGUUGCCGUAGUCAUAGUUAUCCAACAUGGUCGCUGUCGGGCGCUGUCGGGUGGGGUUCACGGUUCUGUUUACCGUGACUUGCGGUGGACUAUGGCUACGGUUGGUCGACGGUCAGUGCGUGUGUGGAAUUCGGCAAACGCAGAACGACUCCGUGGUGGACGGUGAACAGAUCGAACCGGGCGAGUGGCCUUGGCACGUGGGUGUCUACUGGUGGAAGGGCUCGAAGCUCAACCCUCCGGACAAGGUUUGCGAGGGGUCUCUGCUGGAUCGGGAAGGAUGGGUCCUGACGGCGGCGAACUGUUUGAAGGACGGCAGUGGCAGUUUGUUGAAGGUGACGGGGAUGAUAGUCCACGUCGGGCUGGUGGCUCUGCAGCAAAAUACCGACAAAUCCCGGAGAUUCCACGUGGAGAAUGUAGUGUUGAACGAGGAACUGGAUUUGGCUUUGAUUCGACUGAAAGUGUACGACGAAUGGGAGGGGAUGCCCAUCUGCAUGACGGAUGGAGAGGAAAAUUUCGAUAAGAUCUACGGAAAGUCGGUUUACGUGCUACAACAGAGCCAUCGGCAUCGACUGGGUGGAUUUGAGAUCGUUAAACUGCAACUGGAGAAGGAAGUCGUGUGCUACGGACCGACGCUGUCCGUUAAGGCGAAAGCGAUCAGCGAUAAGAAUAUCAAACUUAAAACCAAAGAUACCAAAUACCACUCGACGGCUCGGGGAACUCCGCUUUAUUUUAAACGCCCCGAAGGGUGGACCCUUUUGGGGAUCUCCAACAAAAUUGAACCGUCCACCCCUGGAACCCUCUGCCAACCGGGAGAUCACGAAUCGUUCUUCAACGUCAACUUGAGUCCCGUCACUGAGUGGUUCUCGAACGAGCUGGAAAACGACGGCAUCGAAAGCGUGGAGACGUCUACCGAGUAAAGCGCACAGUUCAAUCACCUUUCCAAGCCGAUAGUUCAGAGUCAUCCGCAUCAAUAAAAAAAAAAGAAGCUCAGAAGCUACACCUUUUUCUAGGCGUCAAUAAAUUAAAACAAAUAGGAAAAAAAUCCUCCAUUAUCUUCUUGUCUCGUUUCCCGGGGAAAGAAAGAAUCAGACACAAAAGCAUCGUGGAAAUUGGCCCUGCUGCUGAACAGCUGCUAAUACGACACGAGCACAUCGUAUAGCCGGAAAUGCAAAUUUCGCUGUUUUUGUUCAUCUUCUUUGUGUCCACCUUCCCCGCCGAUCGUGGCUCGUUGGGUGGAGUUGAUCAACCCUAUAACGGAGCAUUUGAUUGACUUCUCUGUCACAUAGACGAGCGCUGGAAAAAAAAAAAAAAACUGCAGGUAGACUUGCGCAAGGAAUGUUUAUUUGUAAACGGGAAGUGGUGAGUGGAUGGGUGAGUCAACCUGCGAGAGUUGAACGAACAAGCAACGGUGUGUGGAAGAAAGCGAGAACAAUUAGGUAAAUGCUUUUUCUGAUGAGACAAAAUACCUGGACGGUAAGUAUGCGAGUACUUCCUGGCUAGGUGAUGGGCGAUAAUCAUAGUGUUGUCACAGGCAAACAGACGUAACAUUCGCAAGUUGUUCAUCGAGGACGCAUUUAACGGUCACUGUGCACUCAACAGAUGGCGGUAGUGUUUUAGAGACAUAUUAAAUG